AAAUUGAAUAGAAACUCAAAAAAUAGGGGUCUUUCUGUAAAGUUUUAUUUUUAUUUUCCCCUUUCGUUGGCUCUGGAACAACAACAAUUGCAAAACGAGAUCUCUACAUCGCUGGUACAAUUAGAAUCAUCUCUCCACGACGGAUCACGCUCUAAUCUCACCUGAAUCUACGCCGGUAUCAUCUCAUCCCUCGCGCAUUUUCACCUCUUCUGAUUCUCCACCAUCUUCCGUUUUUUUUUGUAAAUCUGAAAGUUUCGAUCAUGAAUUCGAACUACGGGAAGAGAUCAUCGGGAUCCUCGAUCAACGCCUUCGAUUUCGAUCUCGGCCUCGGAUCUAACCAAGGCAAGCCCCUGAAUGGCCAGAAGAGCCAAACACCUUCUUAUUCGCAGCAGCCGAGGCCUGCGUUUCAGCCUGGGAAGCCUUCGUGGACGCAUCAGCCCGCGCCGAAGCAGACGACGAUCAGAUCUGAGAUCGGAGGACCGACUUCGAUGGUGGGAGAUAUUCACGGGAAGACGUGGAGCAGCUCCUCGUCUUCCGGAUCGGGUUCGGGUAUUGGGAUUGUUAACAAGGAUCCGAGCUUGUUCGGAGAUCUGGUGGGAUCGGUUAUUGGGAAACCCAGCGGAAACGUGCCGUUGAAGAAAGCUCCUCCUAAGAGCUCUUAUUCCAUGGGGAAUCUGGCUGAUGCGUUGCCAAAAACGGGUAAUUCGAUGAACAGUGCUAGUGGUGGUUGGGGUUAUAGUGGUAAUCCGGGUGGAUACUCCAGCCCCGGCGGUAGUGGUUCUGGUGUUAAUGCUAGUAACAGUAUCAAGACUCCAAAUCUUGGAGGUCCUUCGAUGAAAAGUAUGUCUGGGAGCAAUCUGAGUAGCUCUGGGCUUCCUUCCAACGGUGAUCCGUUUGGUAAUUUGGUUGGUUUCGGAUCGAAAUCAUCAGGAAGCAUCAACUCUGAGAAGGCUAAGAAUGAUGCAAAGAGUGAUGCUGCUUUUGGGACAUUCCAAUCUGGAGUGGCGAAUCCGAGUGAUGGGUUUGCGGGAACAACCACUCCGAACGAUGACUUUGGGGGUUUCCAGGACGCCGCCAAGUCGAGCACAUUCUCAUCAGGAGGCUUUGAUGCUUCCAACGUUGGUUUUGGUGUGCAGUCAAGUGUUAAAGAUGAUCCAUUAGGAAUGUUUUCUACCUCCACCAAUACCUCAGCGGCUGCAGCGCCGCAGAGUGAAGACUGGGGGUUUGAAAGUUUUGACGGCGGGGCUGAUUCUGGCGGUGGUUCAACCACUGAGCUUGAUGGGUUGCCACCGCCUCCGCCGGGUGUGUCAGCUGCAUCAGCUAAGAGCAAGGGGAUUGAUAACCAGAGGCAAGGUCAGUAUGCUGAUGCCAUCAAGUGGCUCUCUUGGGCUGUGAUUCUUUUGGAGAGAGCUGGCGAUGACGCUGGGUCUGCGGAGGUGCUUUCCACUAGGGCUUCGUGUUACAAAGAAGUCGGAGAGUAUAAGAAGGCUGUAUUGGAUUGUACAAAGGUACUUGAUCACGACGAGAAGAAUGUGACGAUUCUGGUACAACGAGCACUCUUAUACGAGAGCAUGGAGAAAUACAAACUAGGAGCUGAAGAUCUAAGGAUGGUUUUGAAGAUCGAUCCUGGUAAUAGAAUCGCUAGAAGCACCGUUCACCGCCUAACCAAAAUGGCUGGGUGAUUGAUCGAUUCAUUGAUCAAACCUUCAUAUACAGAUAUUUCCUUUAUUGUCUCAAAAUAUAAACGAAGUUCCCUUCAAAUCUUCUUCUGCUGUUUUCCUCUCAAUACGUUUCGUCUCUCAUCAAUGUACCUUGCGUGUGUAGUCUUUCUGAGUUUUUUUUUUUUUGAUGGAUCAGCGUAUGCAGUGUGUGGGUUAUGAAUGUAUUGUCAUCAAUAUGGAUUCUAUUAUACACUACAUUUUUUUUGAAUUUAUCACGGAAUAUUUGACCA